CUAGAGAUAACCGUCCAGUUAACUGAGAAAUAAUAACGUCAUUAUUUAAUAAUUCAUUUGUGAUUGGUCCCUGAGGUUAAAUUUAAAAGCCCAGGUUACUCGCAGAAAUCUCCUUUGUAUAGUCGCUGGGGUAAUGAAGCUUAGGAGCGGAGAUCAGCGGCAGAUCUGUACGCUUAUGCUCCGCUUCCUGGCCCUAGUUCUCUCUGGAAUCCUUGGGGCCAGGGCGCUGAACAAUGGCUUAGCGAAGACGCCUACCAUGGGCUGGCUGCAUUGGGAACGUUUCAUGUGCAAUCUUAACUGCCAGGAGGAACCGGAUUCCUGCAUCAGUGAGCAGCUCUUCAUGCAGAUGGCAGAGCUUAUGGUCUCAGAUGGCUGGAAAGAUGUAGGUUAUAAGUACCUCUGCAUUGAUGACUGUUGGAUGGCUCCCCAGAGAGAUUCAGAAGACAGACUUCAGGCAGACCCUCAACGCUUUCCUGGUGGAAUCCGACGCCUAGCUAAUUAUGUUCAUAGCAAAGGGCUGAAGCUAGGGAUUUAUGCAGAUGUUGGAAAUAAAACCUGCGCUGGUUUCCCUGGAAGUUUUGGACACUAUGACCUUGAUGCCCAGACCUUUGCUGACUGGGGAGUAGAUCUGCUAAAAUUUGAUGGUUGUUACUGUGACAGUAUAAAGCAUUUGGAAAAUGGUUAUAAAUACAUGUCCUUGGCCUUGAACAGGACUGGCAGAAGCAUUGUUUACUCGUGUGAGUGGCCUUUUUAUCUGAGGCCCUUUCAUAAGCCCAAUUAUACAGCUAUCCGACAGUACUGUAAUCACUGGAGAAAUUUUGCUGAUGUUUCUGAUUCUUGGCAAAGUAUAAAGAGUAUCUUGGACUGGACUUCGUCUAACCAGGAGAAAAUUGUUGAUGUUGCUGGACCAGGGGGUUGGAAUGACCCAGAUAUGUUAGUGAUUGGUAACUUUGGCCUCAGCUGGGAUCAGCAAGUAACUCAGAUGGCCCUCUGGGCUAUCAUGGCAGCUCCUUUACUCAUGUCCAAUGACCUCCGACAGAUCAGCCCUGAAGCCAAAGCUUUACUUCAGAAUAAGGAUGUGAUUGCCAUCAAUCAAGACCCCUUGGGCAAACAGGGGUACCGCCUUAGAAAGCAGACAAGGGAGCUCCAGAAAGAAGAAGCAAUGGCUGCAGUGAUACUGGAAAGCAUCUUUCUGAAACGCUCUCAGCAAAAAAAGAAAACGUCACCUUUAAACUUUAAGAAGCGCCUCUUUCUUUUGACCAUGCAAAAACUUUCCUACUAUGAGUAUGACUUUGAACGUGGGAGAAGAGGCAGUAAGAAGGGUUCAAUUGAUGUUGAGAAGAUUACCUGUGUCGAAACAGUAGUUCCUGAAAAAAAUCCUCCUCCUGAAAGACAGAUUCCGAGAAGAGGUGAAGAGUCCAGUGAAAUGGAGCAGAUUUCAAUCAUUGAGAGAUUCCCUUACCCCUUCCAGGUUGUAUAUGAUGAAGGGCCUCUCUACGUCUUCUCCCCAACUGAAGAACUGAGAAAGCGUUGGAUUCACCAGCUCAAAAAUGUAAUCCGGUACAACAGUGACCUGGUACAGAAAUACCACCCUUGCUUCUGGAUUGAUGGGCAAUAUCUCUGCUGCUCUCAGACAGCCAAAAAUGCUAUGGGCUGCCAAAUUUUGGAGAACAGGAAUGGAAGCUUAAAACCUGGGAGUUCUCACAGGAAGACAAAAAAACCUCUUCCCCCUACACCAGAGGAGGACCAGAUCUUGAAAAAACCACUGCCCCCUGAGCCAACCGCAGCACCAGUCUCUGCAAGUGAGCUGAAAAAGGUUGUAGCCCUUUAUGAUUAUAUGCCAAUGAAUGCAAAUGACUUGCAGCUGCGGAAGGGUGAUGAGUAUUUCAUCCUAGAGGAGAGCAACUUACCAUGGUGGAGAGCACGGGAUAAAAAUGGGCAGGAAGGCUACAUCCCUAGUAACUAUGUUACUGAAGCAGAAGACUCCAUAGAAAUGUAUGAGUGGUAUUCCAAGCACAUGACUCGAAGUCAAGCUGAGCAACUACUAAAGCAAGAGGGUAAAGAAGGAGGUUUCAUUGUCAGAGACUCCAGCAAAGCUGGAAAAUAUACUGUUUCUGUGUUUGCUAAAUCUACUGGGGACCCUCAAGGGGUGAUUCGCCACUAUGUUGUGUGUUCAACCCCUCAGAGCCAGUAUUACCUGGCUGAGAAACACCUUUUCAGCACCAUUCCUGAGCUCAUUAACUAUCAUCAGCAUAACUCUGCAGGACUCAUAUCCAGGUUGAAAUAUCCAGUGUCUCAACAAAACAAGAAUGCACCUUCCACUGCAGGCUUGGGCUAUGGAUCAUGGGAAAUCGAUCCAAAGGACCUGACAUUCUUGAAGGAACUUGGGACUGGACAAUUUGGGGUAGUGAAAUAUGGUAAAUGGAGGGGCCAGUAUGAUGUGGCCAUCAAGAUGAUCAGAGAAGGCUCCAUGUCUGAGGAUGAGUUCAUUGAAGAAGCCAAAGUUAUGAUGAAUCUUUCCCAUGAGAAGCUGGUGCAGUUGUAUGGUGUCUGCACCAAACAGCGUCCCAUCUUCAUCAUCACUGAGUACAUGGCAAAUGGCUGCCUCCUGAACUACCUGAGGGAGAUGCGCCACCGAUUCCAGACUCAGCAGCUGCUGGAGAUGUGCAAGGAUGUCUGCGAGGCCAUGGAAUACCUGGAGUCAAAGCAGUUCCUUCACCGAGACCUGGCGGCUCGAAACUGUUUGGUAAACGAUCAAGGAGUUGUAAAAGUAUCUGAUUUUGGCCUGUCUAGAUAUGUCUUGGAUGAUGAAUACACCAGCUCAGUAGGCUCCAAAUUUCCAGUCCGGUGGUCUCCACCAGAGGUCCUUAUGUAUAGCAAGUUCAGCAGCAAAUCUGAUAUUUGGGCUUUUGGGGUGUUAAUGUGGGAAAUUUACUCCCUGGGGAAGAUGCCAUAUGAGAGAUUUACUAAUAGCGAGACUGCUGAACACAUUGCCCAAGGCCUGCGUCUCUACAGGCCCCAUCUGGCUUCAGAGAGAGUAUAUACCAUUAUGUACAGCUGCUGGCAUGAGAAAGCAGACGAACGUCCCACUUUCAAAAUUCUCCUGAGCAACAUUUUAGAUGUCAUGGAUGAAGAAUCCUGAACUGGCUAUAACCUUCUUAGUUUUCUACUCCUCACCUCUACAAGCCCCAAUUUCAGUUUCUCUGAAGAAAUCCCAGGCUUACAGGUUUUGGAAUCUGCUUCCCCUGAAUACACGAACACCCCUCUAUAUCUAGGAAUGUCUCUUUUCUUUGAUUCUAUGGGAUAGCGUUUCUGAGCAAAACGCAAAGGAAUUUCUGUGCCUGUUUCCCCUCCCUCCCCCAAGAGAGGAAAUUUCCUAAGGCUAUUCGAACAGACUGAAUUUGAGAGGGAAACCUUGUUUAGGGAGGGAGGGGUGUAAAUAACCUAUAAGGGAUCCUACUGCUCUUUUGGUAGGCUAUGAGCUUGGGCGGCGGGACAGGAUUUGUUAAUAAAACGGUGUCAUUGGGCAUAGUGACGCAAGCCUGUAAUCCCAUAACUCUGUAGGUUUAGGCAGGAGGAUCACGGUGAGUUUGA